UCGCGGCGUGCCAAUUAAGCUUGGGUGCCUCGGUGACGCAACAAACCCAUUCUCAACACCACCUCAGCUCCCGAACCCUUUUUUUCCCCCCAGCUUGUCACUCGACGCCGAAAACCAACUCCGACCUUGCCCACCAGCAUAAGAAGCAAAGAGAAACGCAGCGGACACCAAUUGAGACAGCCGCGCAUAAAGCAACCUGCCAAGAGUCUCGGGGCUGAUAUUCAGCUCCUACGCGCCUCGACGCGUCUUGCGCCGAAAGUUCUUCAACCUACACAAUCUCACUCCUCACAAUGAAUCGAUCCAUAGAACAAACGCUCCUCUCGCUGAUGCCGACCCACGGCUCGGCUCUGCCGCCUUCCCUGGUAGAACUCGCGGGGUCUUUACUAGCACAAUCAAGACACCGAGCAAGCACAUUAAAAGCAGAUGAGGAAAUCGGGCGAUUGUACGCGUGCGCUCACAUCGCUUGCGACAGACUCAAAAUUACCCUAGAUCUCCCCCCAAUCGAACCCCGACCGCCAAUCCCCCCUCGAAUCUACAAGCGCCUCUACAGCCACCUCGACAACAUCCUCCCCAACACAGCACUCAACCGCACCCCAGGCAAGAACGGCACCCCGCGCAACAGGCAACGCCACGGCGUCGACUCUCCCGUCAGGACACCGCACCGCCCGACCCCGACAAAGGACAGAUCCCUCGCGCAGUUUCGAAGCGGCGGUAACCCGGCGGCAAACGGCAGCGUCCCCAACACCCCGACGAAAUCCACGGGCAAAGUCGCAUAUCCGUCCGACAAGUCGGGCCUUCACUUCUGGAUCCAGCCGACGAUCCGCCUUAUGUGCAGGGAAACUAACCAGAAGCACCUGGCACCGACGAUGCUGGCCGGCAUGGAGUACGUCGUCGUCCCGGGAGGGCUGCGGACGCGCGACGCCUGGGUGCGGGAGAACCUGGCUGCGCUGUGCGGCGCCGUGUAUUUCUUUGUGGCGCAGCAGGUCCGGAAGCUGGCGACGGGGGAGGAUGUGGAUCGGGAGAACUACGUCCCUGCGCGGAAGCAGGUGCUAGAGCUUUUGGCUAAGGCUAGGGAGGAGGUUGAUAUGCGCGGGUUGGACGAGGACGAGGCGUGGGAGGGGUGGGCGCCGGUGAAGAGCAAGGAGUUUGAUGCUGCAGUGAAGGAAGUCUCGGAGCGGGGAUGGUUGGACGCGGAUUGGUAUCGUAGUUUGGGGGAUGUGAUUGAGGCGGGCCAUGUGAUUGCUGAUAGCCAUGGUCGGGGAGGGGAGGAUGCGGGUGCGUACAAGGCGCCUGUACGCGGGGCCGACACGAUGUUUCUGGAGCGGUAUGACUUUUUGAGCGAGAAGAAGCGCAGGGACUAUAGGAUAUGGAAGGAGAGUAUCCUUAGGAGGAUAGACUUGAUGGAGAAGGAAAAUGGUGAUGCCAUGGAAGUAGAUGGCUAA